AGUAUGGAAUAUAUAUCAAUACAUUUCACUUUUCAAAAGAUGGAAUUUUAGGGCAUACGUAUAAUAGUGGAAAAUUAUUCGUCGCGGAGGUUUUGGUUUUGAGCAGGGGAAACGUGGAAGGUUUUUACAACGACUAGACGCGGAGGCGGCGGCGUAGAAGAAGUAGAAGAAGAAGGAGAAGAAGAAGCGGCGGGGGAAAAAUAGAAGAAGAACGGGGUGAGGCGAGGCGAGGUUGCGUUGCUUCAUUCAUUAACGACAAGGCGUUCCUCGCCAUCACAUUCGCCCACUAGUUCCUCUUUUACAGCCACCUCUAUCCAGAAAAUGGAAGCCCAACAAGCCAUUCCCGUUGUUGUACAUCCUGCACAAGUGGUUGGGAACGCCUUUGUGACCCAGUAUUAUAAUGUUCUUCAUCAGUCACCACAAAUGGCUUACAGAUUUUAUCAGGAUUGUAGUAAACUUGGCCGUCCAAGCACAAAUGGUGAAUUGCUCACAGUAACUACCAUGGAGGGUAUCAAUCAAAUGAUAAUGUCUCUGGACUACAGUGAUUUUAAGCCUGUGAUCAAGACAAUUGAUUCACAGGAAUCUUAUAGCAAUGGUGUAUUGGUCCUGGUAACGGGAUCGCUAAGCUUUCAAGUCAGUGGAACACGCAUGUUCACCCAGUCCUUUUUCCUUGCUCCUCAGGACAAGGGUUAUUUUGUAUUAAACGAUGUUUUAAGAUAUAUGGAUGAAGAGCCAGAGCAACCAAAGAAGGAUCUUGAUUUGGUCAAGGGACUUACAGACAAGGAAUCCACUGUUUCACUCUCUGAGCCAGUUGUUGAGCCCGAGACGGUGACUGAAAAUGGUCAUAUAGAUGAAUCCCCAGCAGUAGAGCAGGAUUCCUCAGUUGAGGAAGAGUUUCAGUCCACAGAGCAAGUGCAAAUUCCAGAAGUAUCUGUUGUUGAAAAUGAAACUGUAACUGAACAGCAGACCCCACCUGUCAACAAACCUGUCAACAAACCUAUCAACAAUGACGUUCAAACUGCACAAACUGCACGUGAAGCACCAGCUGUUGUCCAUGAUGUUGUGAAGAAAUCGUAUGCAUCAAUUGUUAAGGUGAUGUCGGAAAAUAUAGCACCUGUUGUUGCAGUUCAGAAACCUCCUACGGUGAGAACUGUACCAUUAAGUGUUGAGCGCCAAGCAAGUAAUUCAACUCUGCCAAAAGCACCUGCUACUGAGUCAUCUAGUCCGGUUCCUGCCAAUGGAACUGAUAACAGUACAUCAAUUGAUUCCGAAGGAAAUGGAUGCUCUAUCUAUAUCAGAAACUUACCUUAUAAUGCUACUGCAACUCAACUCGAGGAGGAGUUCAAGAAGUUUGGAGCAAUUAAGCCUUUAGGUGUUCAAGUUAGGAGUAAGCAAGGCGGUUUCUGCUAUGGUUUUGUUGAAUUUGAAACAGCAGCCUCUGUACAAACAGCACUGGAGGCAUCCCCUAUUACUAUUGGUGGAAGGCAAGCAUUUGUAGAGGAGAAGAGGCCAUCUUCUGGUGCUAGAGGUUCAGCAACUCGAGGACGGCCUGUUCCUGUCAGAGGUGCUUUCAGAAAUGAUGGAAAUAGGGGACGCGGUGCUUAUGGUGGUCGAGGGAAUGGAAGAGGUGAAUUUGCAAAUAGAGGUGAUCUUGGAAACAGGGGUCGGGGUAAUUUAUCUGGACGUGGCAAUCUUUCCGAGGACCCAGAAGGAUUCCAAAGGGUUGAACAAUUUCGAAAUAGUGGAAGAGGUGGUAGGCGAGGUGGUGGUAUGGUCACAAGCAAUGGGCCUAGGAUGGGUUCUGUAGCUGCAUGACAUGUCUAGAAGAAAAUGCUUCUUGCGGCUUGUUUAUAUGGCACGUUUGUUUUCUUGCAGAGCUUACCAGCUUUAAGUUGGAAUUUUGAUAGAAAACUGUAGCUUUCUUUCAAGCAGGCUUCCAUUACAGGGCUGGCAAAAAUGAAAGUUUAAGCAUUUGUACUGCGAACAAUUUUGCAUCCCAUUCUAUUAAUCUGGAGUUCUAGUUGAUUCAAUUUCAAAUUAGUAUACAGGUGAGUGCGGCUGGGUGUUCAUUUUCUUUGAAAAAUCCCACCUCAAGUUUUGAAAUCAGAUAUGUUACUUUACUCUAAUUGGAAAUAGCUUUAUUUAAUGAGAAAGUCAUUAAGCUAUUUAGUUGCUAUAAUUGGCUUUAUUGGAUACCUUUCACGCUAGUUUCCCAGUGAUUUGCCAUAUUCUUCAUAUUUGUCUCAGGUUUUCGUUUCAAAUAUUCACUCUGUGAAAGGUUUGUGCAUUGUAAGUUCUAAAUUUUUAAUGCAACUGGGUUUUCUCCAAUUACAUUA